AUGGGUUCAGACGUCUGGGUCGGUCCUUGGCGGCCGCACCGGCCCCGCGGCCCCAUCGCGGCGCUGCACAGCGGCCCGGGGCCCAAAUACAAGCUGCCCUCCAACACCGGCUACACCCUGCACGAUCCGUCGCGGACCCGCGCCCCGGCCUUCACCUUCGGCCUGCGCCUCCCCGCGCAGCAGACCUCGUGCGGACCCGGGCCCAGCCACCUGGUGCCGCCGCGCAUGACCAUGCGCGGCCGCGACUGCACCCCCGCCUACUCCAUCCACGGCCGCCCACGCCAGGCCGCGCCUAGCCUCACCCCCGGACCGGGCAGGUACUUCCCGGAGCGAGCGGGGAACGCGACGUACCCCAGCGCGCCUCGGCACACCAUCGCCUCCAGAACCUGGGGCGCCCGCACGGAGCAGCACACGCCAGGUCCGGGGACCUACACAGUGCCCUCGCUCCUGGGCCCGCGCGUCAUCGGUAAAGUCUCGGCCCCAACUUACUCCAUCUACGGCCGCAGCGCGGUGGGCAGUGUCUUCGAGGACCUCAACAAGACCCCAGGUCCGUGCGCCUACCACGUGGUGAACCCUGGGGUCUACAAGUCUCGGGCCCCUCAGUUCACGAUGCUGCCGCGGACUUCACUCCCCAAAGACAACAGCCUGAAUCCGGGGCCCGCAGCCUACAACGUGGACCAGCCGCGGAAGCCCGGCGGCUGGAGCUUCGGGAUCCGGCACUCGGACUACCUGGCCCCGACCGUGGCCAACGUGCCCGACCUGGAUGACUGAAGGGCCGACGGGCGCGGCGCCACAAACAUCUGCUCAAAGCUUC